AUGAGGCAGCUAAAAGGAAAGCCCAAGAAAGAAACAUCGAAGGAUAAGAAGGAACGUAAGGCGGCCAUGCAGGAGGCCCGGCAGCAGGUGGCCACCGUUGUCCUGCCCACACUUGCUGUGGUGGUGCUGCUCAUCGUUCUUUUCGUCUAUGUGGCCACCAGACCGGAUGCAAUUGAGUAG